CCGGACCCAAAUCCCCGGGCGUGGUCCCAUCAGAAAGACGCAGGAAGAGUAUAAAACACCCGAUGAUCGGUGGUUAAAACAUCACUCUUCGAUCUUUGAUCACCAAGUAAACUCGAUCUUCUCGUAAAAGACAAAGAAUUAAUAAAAUGGCAUUCAAGCUUAUCGUCCUCUGCGCAGCCCUUGCCGUCGCAAACGCUGGUUACAUUCCCGGAAAUCUUCACCCGGCUCCGAUAAGUUACGCGGCAGCACCGGCCUUGACUUACGCAGCGCCUGCUUUGAGCUACGCUGCCCCAUCCGCCGCCAUAACGUCUCAAUCUUCCAACAUAUUGAGGAGCCCGGGAAAUUUGGCGCAGAUUUCCACGUAUUCGAAAACGAUCGACACACCUUUCUCCAGCGUGAGCAAAUCCGACGUCAGAGUUAGCAACCCUGGAAUUUAUUCAACUACUUCUUACGCCGCUGCACCAGCUUACGCGUACGCGGCUGCAGCACCUGCACCCGUCGUUUCUCAUCUCAGUUAUUCCGCGCCUAUUUCUUACGCUAAAACCGCCUACGCUGCACCUGCGUAUGCAACUUACGCUGCACAACCUGCUCCACAAUACAUCGCUAAAACUGCAGCGUACGCCGCGCCAGCUGCUUACGCUUAUGGUGCACCGGCGGUCGCUGCUCCGGGUCCCGUUGUUGCUCAUGCAACAUUUUCCGGACUAGGAGCUUCUUACGCUUGGUAAUUUCCAUAGUUUUUCACCUUAACUGACCAUCGAGAUUCCGAGGGGAUGAAAAAAUACUACACUUCAAUUCAGACUCUCCUCUGUUUUCUUUCAAUUUAUACUUCAAACUGUCUCGAAAUAUUGGAUUUAUUAUUUUGAUGUACUUGUAUAUUUAUUCAAUUAUGUAUGUGUAAAUAUAUAAUAAAUUAUUGAAAUUUCAUUAUAAA